CCUUGACCAGAACCAUAGACGCGUCGACCAACGACGAACGCGUCAUGUCUCUUCGUGGGUAUGCUACCGGCAGUAGGAGGUGGCAGCACUUCAUUUCCGCGCUCGAACUCGCGAUCCAGCGCUCCGCUCGGCGGUGGACGUACGCUAGGUCUGCCCACCCACAGCAUGCACACCUCAACCAUCUUCUAUUCCAGCUCCGAAGACUUUGCAGAGUGCUUUCCAGAAUUUGUCGAAGAAGAUAAAGACCGUGCGAUGCGAAUCUACAAUCAAGUGGCGGAUUACAUCGAGAGUGAAAACCAGCGGAAUUUCGAGGCCCUCUUCAAUGAAUACGAUUUACAAAACAAGAUAGACAUUCUGGAUAAGAUGGUGCGAGACGCCAAGACGAGGAAGGCUUCUGGGGACCUUGGUCCCGACGUCAGGUCAGAUGAAAUGCGACCGCAAUCUGCAGUAUAUGGCAGAACAGUUCCGAUAUUGCGGGCUGAAAUAGCGAGGGUAAGGAGCCUACAUGCGAAGAUGGAGGGCCAGAAUCUGGCUCUCGCUGACGACCUCCAGGCUGUGGUCAAAGAAGGGGACAUCCUGCAGAAACGGAUUGACGAUAUCCUGGACAAAGUUGAUGAGGCGCAUAAUGCGUGGGAAAGUGUUCCGAUGGAGGACGUCCAUGCAUGGACUUCUCAGGUGUCUGAAAAGACCAAACCGGUGUUGCGAUCUUAGUCUUGUUGUACAGCAUACGUCUUGUAUCCCUUUUUCUUUGGACUAUUCAUGUACUUGUGGAACUCAAGAAUUCUGAUAUUUUGAAGGGUCUCCAGUCGUCACUGGUCAUUUACCCUUAGUGUCC